GUUCGCGCGGCACCGCGCCGGUUAGUUGGCCGGUCGACGCACGAACCAUUCGCCAUACGCACGUGUGUCCGAGCGCACAAUCGCCGCGCGCGCGUUUUACCGCAGCAGUCGUCGAGACCGUCGUCGCGAUAUUUGUAAUCGUAUUAUUUUUCUCUCCGCAGCCGUUCGAUCGGUGGCGGCGAUACGUCGUAAUAAUAAUAAUAAUAAUAAUAAUAAUAAAAAAUAAAUCCGUCGUCGUCGUCGUCGUCGUCGCGAGACGCUUCCGGUCUUCGUCGUCGCGGUGGCCCGUUUUCCGCCGCUGCCCGGAAACGAUCAGCUCGCGCGUCACCGCCAUCGCGUCCGUCGGCCGGCCGGCCGUCCCGGAGUCGAAGUGUCCGCGUCCGCCGCCCAACCGGAUGGCAUGAGCCGCAGACCCGUCGCAGUCGCAGUCGCCGCCGUGGUCGCCGUCGUGGCGGCCGUGUCGUCGAUGUCGGCCGUCUCGGCGGACACCGUGUCCGCCGACGUGCUGCCGGACGGCGAGGUCGAGAUCCGCGUGAGCAAGGGCAACGUGACAGCUAAACGGACGUCGUUCACGUCACCAGAAACCGGCGAGGAGUUGAUGUUGCACCAGGUCACGGACGGAAUCCAUUUCAUGCAAAUGAUAUACGGCACAGGAAUGACGCUAUUCGACUGCGAGUACGUCAAGGAACCCGAGACGGCCACGAAUUUCGUUCGGGAAUUUUGGAAUGAGGAACAAGGCAAAAAUAACACGGUUGGGUCCUUAACUAAAGAAUAUGCCUCCAUGGUAAAUUUCAAACAUUUGAAAAAAGCUUGUCAAAAAAACCAUAAGAAAACUAGAAGAAGACUUGCAAGCGAGUAUCAGCAGCAGCAUCACGAGAGCAUCACUAACGUGGUCGGUAACGACAGCAAACGCAGAAAGAGAGAUCUGAUGUCCGUGUUGAGAGUUCCUGGCACAAAGUGGUGUGGAAAAGGGCGUUCGGCGAAAUCGUACAGACAACUCGACGGGUUCGGUGGAGCGGAUCGGUGCUGCAGAGUCCACGACACGUCUUGUCCGAUGUGGAUUGGCGCUUUGCAAAGUAAAUACGGUCUGUUCAAUUGGAGGCUGAACACGCUCAUGCACUGCUCGUGCGACCGAAGAUUUCGGUCGUGUUUGAAAACGAUCGGUACCGGAUCUGCAAACCUGAUUGGCAAGCUGUUCUUCAACGUGGUGCAGACCAAGUGUUUCGUGCUGAAACGUGUGCGGGUGUGCACGAAAAAGACGUGGUGGGGCAAGUGCCACAGACACGAAAGUAGGAAGAAAGCUUACAUCAGGAACAAUCUUGCAUAUUGAACAAAAUUUAACUUUUGUAUAUAAUAAACCUUUGUAUGUAUAUAUAUAUAUACAUACAAAUUAUUUAUAAAUAAAUUAUAAGACUUCUCAUUCUCGUCGAACUCUGCAGAGCGACUUAUUUUCCAUACGAAGUAGUGGUAUAUUCAUCAUACACACACAUUCACUUCUACACUUUAUAUACCUAGCCGGCAAACGGAUCUUUUUUGUGUAUUCAUAGAUACAUGUCUAGCCAUAAAUUACGUUUAUGGGUGCUUAUAGGUACUGAACGCUAUCAACUGUUAUUAUUAUACUAUAAAUCAUCCUAAAUUAUAUUGUAGAAUAUGUACGAUUUGUAGUUUUUUAUAAAGUGA